GCCCCACUGGGGUGGUGGUUGGGCCGCUUUAGCACCGGACUCAGACCGCUCAACUCUCCCCCGCCCCCCUCCACGCUUCCCUACCCUAUCCCUCCCUCCACGCUCCCCCACCCCAUCCCCGCAGAGAUGGCUGUGGCCGCGGCCGUGGUGCCGCCAGUAAGCGUGGAGGAAACGGUGCUUCGGGCCCGUGGCGGGGACGCGAGCGGAGAAGGCCUGUACGUGGAACGGGGCCCCGGCGCGGCCUACCACAUGUUCGUGGUGAUGGAAGACCUUGUGGAGAAGCUAAAGCUGCUGCGCUACGAAGAGGAGAUCCUGCGCAGAAACAACUUGAAACCGCUGUCCAGACAUUAUUUUGCUUUGCCUACCAAUCCAGGUGAACAGUUUUACAUGUUUUGCACUCUUGCUGCUUGGCUAAUUAAUAAAGCAGGAUGCCCCUUUGAACAACCACAGGAAUAUGAUGACCCCAAUGCAACAAUAUCUAAUAUAUUAUCUGAGCUUCGAUCAUUUGGAAGGUCUGCAGAUUUUCCUCCAUCAAAGUUAAAGUCAGGUCAUGGAGAGCAUGUAUGCUAUGUUCUUGAUUGUUUAGCUGAAGAAGCCCUAAAAUAUGUUGGUUUCAGUUGGAAAAGGCCAGUAUACCCAGUAGAAGAAUUAGAAGAGGAAACAGUUCCAGAAGAUGAUGCAGAAUUAACAGUAAAUAAAGUUGAGGAAGAAAUUGUGGAAGAGGAGACUGACAAUGAAGAAAACUUUAUUGAUCUCAAUGUUUUAAAGGCACAGACCUACCGAUUGGAUAUGAACGAGUCUGCCAAACAAGAAGAUAUUUUGGAAUCUACAACAGAUGCUGCAGAAUGGAAUCUAGAAGUGGAACGUGUACUACCACAACUGAAAGUCACGAUUCGAACUGAUAAUAAGGACUGGAGGAUCCACGUUGACCAAAUGCAUCAACACAAAAGUGAAAUUGAGUCUGCUUUAAAAGAGACAAAAGGAUUUUUGGACAAACUCCAUAAUGAGAUCAGUAGAACCCUGGAAAAGAUCAGCAGUCGAGAAAAAUACAUCAACAAUCAGCUUGAGCAUUUGGUUCAAGAGUAUCGUGCUGCUCAAGCCCAGCUGAGUGAGGCAAGAGAAAGAUACCAGCAGGGAAAUGGCGGAGUAACUGAAAGAACUAGAAUCCUUUCUGAGAUUACAGAAGAAUUAGAAAAGGUAAAACAGGAAAUGGAAGAAAAGGGCAGCAGUAUGACUGAUGGUGCUCCUUUGGUAAAGAUUAAACAGAGCUUAACCAAACUGAAGCAAGAAACAGUCCAAAUGGACAUUAGAAUUGGAGUAGUGGAACACACAUUACUCCAGUCAAAACUAAAGGAGAAGUCAAAUAUGACUAGGGAUAUGCAUGCAACAAUCAUUCCAGAAUCUGCAAUAGGUUCUUAUUAAAAUUUAUUGUAAUUUGUUCUCUGCUCAGUUUUUUCUUAAACCAAUUAUAUUUCACAUUGCUUAAUUUAAAAAAUGAUUAUUAUACCUCACUGAACAUUGUCUAAGAUGCCUUAUUCUUGUAUAUAUUCACAUAUAUUGUGUGAUGGUGAAUUUGGUGAUUUAAAGACUUUGAGAUGGAAUAUAAUUUUAAUAAAGUAAUUAGAAAUUUUUGUUA